GAGUUUAGUUGUGUUUUGAAAGAACUUGUGUGAGGUCUGGAUUUCCUGCGAGAGGAAAAGAGGCUUUUCAGGCUGAGGGUAGAAGAAGAAGCCAAGAUUCUUGGAUUACUUGCAGAGGAAUCUUGAGAUCUAGGCAAACAGCGGACAAAAUGAACAAAUUGGAGGUUCUGGGAGAAAAAGCAUAGUAUUCAGUCUGCCUAUACUCCACACAUCCACCCCCUGCAGCCAUUCUGUUGGCUGGUAAAACAAUGAGCUGGGCUGAAAUGAUAAAAUCCACACUGUUUCCUGGGGUUGGACUUUCCUGAAUGAGGAACUCGCCUGUUGCCCUUUAGAUUGCAUAAGAGUGAUGAAAUAAAACAGGCUGUGCCUGGAAGCAGGAAGAGAAACACAGUUGUGGAGCGGAAGUGGAGAACCCUCUUAGAGAAUAAGACCCGGGAGGCUGCUGCUUUCUUUGUGAAGGGCUACACAACCCUUGCACCUCGGACCAUGGCCAACCAAACAGACUACAACGACUUCUUGCACAAGCACAGGGAUGUCUUCCGGAGGUUUCCGCUGGAGCUGGUCCAUGGGAUCCCCCUGAUGGAGCCCAUUGCUCAACAAUGGGCUCCAAUUGAAAACUUCCAGGCGCGGCCAGAUGACUUGCUUCUCUCAACUUACCCCAAAGCAGGUGAGACACAGGAAAGGGGAGCAGGCGGGGUGUACGACUGCAGGAGGAAAAACAGAAGGAGGAGGGCCAUAGCAAUCGCAGGUGCCACCCCUCCAAGAAAACGGGUGGGUGGGGGAAGACCAAGGAGACAAACCUCAAAGCACCCUCAAAGUUCUCCUGUUAUCCUGGAAAUAAGGAGGAACUGUUAGGGAGAAAUUAUAUUCGGAUCACCUUUAAAGCUGAACCAACCUAUUUGGCACUCUGCAAAUUUUGGAAGAGAAUUAUCCAGCCAGCUGAUGUGUGCAAAAAUUAAUAUACUAAAGGUAAAAUAUGCACCAAAAUGCACAUGUGAGUGAAAACAGCAUAGAAAAAUGCAUUGUUCUGGGAGAAAUUGCUACGCAAAAACGUGCAUGUUUAGGCAAAAUUCUAUACAAAAACAUGGAGGAAUUUCAUACUAAAAUGCUGGUGAACUUUCAUGGUGACUUUAAAAUGACAACAACAGAGCAAACAUGGAAAUGUGGAGAACUGGAAGACUGGAAAGAUAAGAAAUGGAGAGAAACCAAAAUUGAUAGAUUUGCCCAUCCUGGUGACUGCUGCUCUGGUGAAGAAAUGCGAUGGGCCCAAUAAAUCAGGAGAAAGGAAGCAGAAAUUGAGGUUUAUUUCCUUAGGUUGGUUUCAUGUGUUUGUUUUGCUGUAGGGUUGCUCAGUUGUCUCUCACCUUUGGGAGUUACAUAAAUAUGUGUCUUGGCAGAGGAAAUGGCUUUAAAAGCACCAAAAAGUAAACAUGUUCUUUCCAAAAGGAAGGUACAUUAUUUCAUAAACAUAUGCAUAAGUUGUUGUUGUUUUUCCAAAAAUUGGUUUCAUUGUGCAAUGUGUAUAGCAUUUAUUUAUAUUUUAAGUUACUGCAAGAGUGUUGUAUUCCCUCAGGACUGAGGAGAAGGAUAUUAAAUAAGUGGAACAAACAAGUAGCAGACAUGUUGUUGCUUAGUUUUUUUGUACCUGCUCAAAAAAAAUGUAACAGAGGCAUGAGGGGGACAACAGCAGGGAUAGUGAAGCAAGGCUGUAGCCCUGCAGAUGCUGUUGGACAGGUCAAACUAGCAUGGCCAAUAGUUAGAGAGAGUUAUACAAUUAGAAGGGGUGGCAACGUGGGCAAAUGCUUUUGCAUUUGUUUGAACUAUGGAUGAGGGAGAAAGUCCAUGCGGUUCACAUUCAAGGUAUACCUGCCUAGUCAGCACUUUUGGAAACAAUAUGUGAAGCAAAACACAGUCACCUUGUUCUGGCUCCUGCUCCUCAAAAACAGACUGAGGCUCUUACUUAUUUAAAGAAAUCUUUAUUCAGAUGCAGCACUCCUCUGGAGCUGGGAAUUCGCAGCAGGGCAGGGAGUUCCAAAAUGGGCUGAGCAACAAAUAUGUCCCAACAAGCUUCCCCACGCCUCCCGCCAAGUUUUAAAAGUUGGGUUGUGACGCACUCACUCGUAAGACUCUCUUGCCUUGCAGGAAUGCUGAGCGUGAGCUCUGUUGUGGGUAACAAGGCUGCCUCCUCCUGUUCAGCCUUUCCCCGUGGCUUAUAAAAGCUCUCCCCAGCUUCCACGGACACACUCUGCUCCACUGAAGGGUUGGAGGCAAGAGCUGGCAUCCCUAUUUCCCCUCUGGAAUGGCUGGAGCCAGAGUGGAAAGGGGAGAUGCCCUUCCUCCACCCCUGGUUCCCUUGGUAUAGUCCCCUACUUUUCCUUCUCUGUCUGGGCCAAAUCGUAUCCCAACAGCACUUGUGGGGCUGAUAACAUAAGCCUUCCUGUUAUGUACUGAGUUGAAUAGGACCCAAAAUGCAGCAGUCUGAUUGGUCCUAGAACAAUAGGAUUCAGAAUGCAGCAGUCUGAUUGGUCCUAGAACAAUAGGAUCCAGAAUGCAGCAGUCUGAUUGGUCUGCAGGAGCCACCCAAUCCAACUCCGGGUGGAAGUGAAUCCGCAACCUGAUUGACCUACAGGAGAAUCCCAGAAUUAGCCAAUCACGUGGGGCCCAUUGUGUAAAUAAUGUAUAUAAAGCAGACAUUUCGGGGGAAUUUUCAUUCCUCACUACUCUGAGCUGAAUAAAGAGCAUGACAUCCACACUCGACUCCGAGUAUAUUUCACUUCCAAAUUCACACUUCUUUAAAUUUUGCAGUGUAGGUCUCCAACCAAGUAACAUGUGGAAAAACGCCUGUGCUAGGGCAAAGUUCACCUCAAAAUGCCAAUAUUAGUGGAAAUAACAUACCCAAAAUGCAUUGUAGUUGGGGAAAUCUGCAAAAAUGUUUAUGUUAGUUAAAAUUGCAUGCCAAAGUAUGUUUAUGUAUUAGGAGAAAUUCACACCAACUUCAAUUUUGUGAGGACUUUAAAAAGAAAUAAAUCCCAAUUUAUUAUUUUUCUCCUCUAAUAACAUUUUGUAUGUUGCCCAAUUUUCUUUCAUGUUUUUCUAUUUCACAGCUAAUGCUUCUGUAGGUGAGAUCCACCAAGGGGUUUUAGGUUCUAGUAGAUCUCUAUAUUUACUGUUCCUCUGGGCUUUCAGGUACCACAUGGAUUCAAGAGAUUGUUGACCUGGUCCUUAACGGCGGCGAUGUGGAAAAAGCUCGUCGAGCUCCUGUGUACAUCCGGAUCCCAUUUCUAGAAAUUUGCUCUCCACCCCCGGUGCCUUCAGGUGAGCCCAGAGAUCCCAGGCACACAGCCCUGCUUGUAAAAAAAAACCCCACAGGCAGUGAACUAACUCAUCCAACCCUUUCUCUGAUUCUUCGUUAGGGGUCAGCAUUCUGGUAGAUACCCCAUCUCCUCGUGUGAUCAAAACCCACCUCCCCUUCCAGCUUGUUCCUAAAAGCUUUUGGGACAAGAAAUGCAAAGUAAGUGUUGCUUGCCUCAUCCCUUUCUGCUACCCACCCUCCAAUCCUGCCCCCAUGCCACCUCAUACCAUUCUCCCUUCUGGUCCCUUGCAGGUAAUCUAUGUUGCUCGUAAUGCCAAGGACAACCUGGUCUCCUACUUCUUCUUUGACCAGAUGAAUGUGACGCAGCCAGACCCUGGGCCAUGGGAUGGCUAUGUUAAGAAAUUCAUGGAGGGCAAACGUCAGUUCUAGGAGAAGGAGCUCAUCUUGAAUAAUUAGUACUUGUUGGGCAUGGGGAGGGUGGGGUACAGAAGAUGCCCUGAUUCCCUCUCCAUGAUGAAGGGGGUGUCUAAUGAAUCAGAACAGCAGCAACUGGAUUUUCUGAGACCCACCUUGAACCUCAACAGCAUUGCGAUCCCCCUUAGAUCAGGGUGCUGCCACAAUCCACAGCAGUUGAAGGCCACCAAGUUAGAGGGGAAAUAUCCAGGGACCCCUGGAAUUUAUAGAUUCAUGUAAAGCAGGUUCCCUUGGUUUUUCAUUGGCCCGCACCCAUUUUCCAUCUCGCACAAAGCCCCUUUCCUGUAAGAAACUUCCAGGUUUGCGAGAGGAUUCCCGGCUUACACACAGAUUAUUUUCCAGAAGCAAAUAACAAGAUCUUGUGCUUUACUCAGCUAGACUUCUAGAAGUGCCUUUAACGCCAUUUGAAACCUUUACUAUAAUGUGCAAAUUAAAGGUUAGGGAAAUGUCAGGAAAACUGAACAAUGCAGCCUUUACCUCCCAUCGUCCCUGGCUAUUGGUCAUGCUGGCUGGAGCUGAGUCCCCCAACAUCUGGAGGGCCACCAGUUUCCCAGCUCUGCUACAUACCUGGAAAUAGGUACCCCUGUAAGGAGUGGUACUUACUUCUUCUAAGUACACAUGGAUGGGAGAGUACUGUGGGAUUGCAUUGGAUUAAUUGAUUCCUUUAACUAGGUGACAGACUUAAUCCUUGUUACAUCUUAUCUCACUUGUCUCUCAGUUGCCUGGGGCUCUUGGUAUGACCAUGUCCGGCGUUACUGGGAUGAGAAAGGAAAGCACCGUAUCCUGUACCUCUUCUAUGAGGACAUGAAAGAGGUGGGUGUAGAAUAUGAAUCAGCCAGAGGCCUGGUUGAAGAGAAAUGUUUUCACCUGGUGCCUAAAGAUAUAUAAAGAAGGCUCCAGAUGAACUUCCCUGGGGAGAGCAUUCACUGGCGGAAGAAGAGGAGUGGGGGGAGCGUACUGCCCCCGGCAGCGCGAUCCAAGUGGGGUGCCAUCGCGGCUGCCCCCUGCCUGCGCUGGGCGCCAUGCCCCCGCAGGCGGCAUGCCACAACUCUGGGGCGCACACCAGCCCCGCCCCCCGGUGCCGGAGCAUGAAGCUUUGCCACUGAGAGCAUUCCACCAAUGAGGAGCCACCACAGAAAAGGCUCGAUCUCGUGUUGCCACCCUCCAGACUUCACGUGGAGGAGGCACACAAACAAGGGCCUCAGAUGAUGAAUGUGGAGUCCAGGGAAGAGGCGGUCCUUAAGGUAUUGCGGUCCUGAGCCAUUUAUGUAUACUUUCCCCUAACAUAUGCAUUUCUUGUAUGCCUUUUUUUGUUGGCUCGCUUUCCUGCAAAAUUCAGAGAAGUCUGAACUUCAGAGCUGCAUUUCAGUUCUCUUAUUGUUUCAAGAAGCGCAAAUUAGGUAGAAGCGCAUUAAAAUGCGAACUCAACCAAACUGAUCUCCCAUCCCUGGAAGUAAUACAAAUCUCCCAGUAUGGGCAGAGGGCACUUUCCUCACUCAGGUUGCUCUCAGAAAUGUGAGAUUUUAACACUACUGCCUCCAGGUCAAGGCUGUGUGAUGCACAACAUGAAAAAAGUGUGUUUGAAACAGAGAGGCAUGUGAUGCAAAGUAAAUUUAUCAAGUGCAGAAAUGUGGAAGGGAUCCAGAGACCAUUGGGUUUUGCUUCUUGAAAAAGAACCAGCCAGACAGUUAGUGUUUCCUUCCCACACUCUCAGGAACCUCAAAGGCAUUCUGGAGCUUACAGGCAAAUUGCAGUACCAGGUUGCUCUGUUGCGACCUCACUCCCAUUCACACCCAUCUGAAUGUCUCCGCUAGGACUUGGCUCGUGAGGUCCGUCGCGUGAAAGAUUUCCUGGAGGUUGAUCUGCCUGAGGACGCCCUUCAGAAGAUUGUCCACCACGCAUCAUUCCAGACCAUGAAGAAGAACCCAAUGACAAAUUAUGAGACCGUCCCCAACGCCAUCUUUGACAAGACAAAAGGCAGAUUUAUGAGGAAAGGUGAGUAAGUGACGCUAGUCUUUUAAGACCUCAAAAGAUGUUGUUCCCUGCUACACAAGUUCAUUUGCUCCCCCUUUCCCCACAAAGAAGGGUAAAAUUCGGAAGUGGAGUGAAGUUUAACUGGGGAGAGUAAUCCUUUAUGCUGUCUGGGCCCAAUGUAUCGCCCAGAGAAUGUUCCAGUGGUCUGAAGUGCAUUUUGCUAACUUUAUAGGGAAUCAAAGUGUGUAGUCACCAAGCGCUUUCUUAUUUGAUGAUCACUUGUAGCCAAGUAAGAUUGUCUUCCAUGAAAACGGUCUUAACAGUGAGUCCGUAAGUGACUAUGGAGUCCAAUUCUGGAUCCACACAUCCUUCCACAGAGGGGACAUAGGUUUCUGGGCAGGAGUUGAUCACGGUGAGGGUUUGCCAAAUGUGUCUUCCUCUUAGCCCGUUUCUCCUUUUCACCCUGAGUUGGUGCUUUUUCAAAGUCCAUGACACCUUUGGUAAAGGCUGUCCUAAGAGCUUUAGGCUGCUAUCUGAGAUAUAUCUACAUGGAAGUCCCACCAAACUCAAUGUAGUUUACUUCUGAGCAGGUACAUAUAGGUAGAGUAAUACAGCAUAUCUGCUCAGGUACAACCUGGGCAAUAUGUACAAAACCUAAAUGCACUGUGCUGGAUACCCAAAGGAGGAGCUUUGUAAAUAUAAAAGUCCUUUAUAAUUAUAAAGAAAAAGAAAGGCAAGUAAUAGUUAUCACAGAAACCCCCUAUGUUAUGAGAGAGGAUGCCAUCUUUCAAAGUGGUCACAGGGUGAAACUCUCUCUUUCUGCUUCUGAAUUUCUUCAGGUGAAGUUGGCGACUGGAAGAAUUAUUUCACAGUGGCUCAAAGGGAGGAGUUUGAUGCAGAUUACCGGCGCAAAAUGGAAGGAACGACCCUGCGUUUCCGGGAUGUAUUAUAGACUCAGAAAACCGCCCCUCUUGUAUUUUAUUCUUGGCCAAGAAAAAAAUACAAAUUAUUAAUAGAUUCGAAAGAAAGAGGUGGCUUCUCACUACCAGACCUAAGGUUAUAUUAUGAAGCAUCCUGCCUGUGCUGGCUUCGGGAAUGGAUAAUUUGAAAAAACACGAAUAUUUUAGACCCUGAGAGUCAUGAUAAUAGGUUUGUUUGGCAUGCAUAUCUAUGGUAUGAAAAGGCUAAAGUGCAUAAAGGAUUCUUGAAUCAUUUUGUAAGAAAAUCAAUUUAUGUGGUAUGGGAGAAAUAUAAUUUACUAGAACAGAAAACGCCAUGGUGGCUUUCCCCACUGGAAGCAAUAUCCUUUAAAAACGUAAAUAUGAGAAAUGACUGGGCAACAUAUACGGACCUGUUAAUGGAAGCAGAACACCAGUUGAAAUUGAAGGAUUUUGAGGAUAUGAGAUUUAUUAGCUGACUGGUUACAAUAUCAUCAAUUAAAUGAUUUUUUUAAGAUAGAUAAAAGUAAGGGUUUUAGUAAUGAAGCUUCAAGGUUUAGAAAAUAAUUGUUGGACAACACUGUAAAAUUACUUUCUAAAAUGUAUAGACUGCUUUUGGAAUGGUAUACAAAAGAUGAAAAGGUUAAAUCAGCAAUGAUACACUGGGCGAGAUCGGGGGUAUAAUAUUCAGCUUUCAUCAUGGAAGAAGUUAUGGAGAACUGAUUUGAAAUUUACAGCAUGUUAUACAUUGAAAGAAAAUUAUAUGAAAAUGAUGUACCGUUGGUAUUUAACUCCUAGCAAGUUAGCAAAAAUGUAUAAGAAAAGUACAAAUAUUGGUUGGAAAUGUAAAGAAAAAGAAGGCACCUUUUAUCAUAUGUGGUGGACGUGCAAGGUGAUAAAAGCAUUCUGGGAAAUGAUAUAUAAUGAAUUGGGGGGAAAAUGUUUAAAGUAACUUUUUCCAAAAAAAACAGAGGCUUUUUUAAUAAGGAAUUGUAGGUGCUGAAAUCCCAGAGGACCAGAGAAGACUGUUCAUGUAUGCAACAACAGCUGUGUGAAUGUUGAUAGCCCAGAGAUGGAAGGAAGACAAAGUCCCUACCAUAGCAGAAUGGCAAAUCAAGUUGAUGGGCUAUGCCAAAAUGGCAACAAUGACUGGAAAGAUCAGAAACAAGGAAGAUCAAAACUUUAACAAGGAAUGGGGGGGGGGGAUUAUAACAUACCUUGGAGACCACUGUAAACAGUUAAAGUAGUUAGCGGGAUUGUAAUAACACUUGUAAUGUAACAAGAACUAUGGAUAUAAUGGUGCUACAAAAAUCUGGAUGAAUAUAAAAGAUGCAGCAGAAAGGGUUUGACAAUGGGACCCACGGAGAGGAAGGUGGGAAGUCCAGAGAGAUUCGUGGGAAUCUUUAACUGUUGGAAUGUGUUGUGAUAUGACUGUAAUUUUUAAUAUGUGAAACCAAACUAAUAAAUAGGAAAAGAAAGAAAGAUAACUGCCCC